AUGCCUGCUUUAAAUGAUGAUCACAAACAGGAUCAUGAUCAUGACCUUUCGAACACUGGAAGUGACCAGGCCUUUAACCAGCUUCUUCAGCCUAUGUAUAUGGGUAAGGAGCUUACUGAUAAAAUUGAUACAGCAAGAGAUAAAUGGAACCUCCUUCCUGCAUUUUUGAAAGUUAAGGGUCUUGUUAAACAACACUUAGAUUCAUUCAAUUACUUUGUUGAUGUCGACAUAAAAAAAAUUAUCAAGGCUAAUGAAAGGGUUGUUAGUGAUGUCGACCCUCAGUUUUACCUUGUUUAUAAAGAUAUACGCGUCGGCAGACCUCAGCGUCAAGAAGAAGCUGCCCGCGAUGACAUUUUUACACCCCAUGAAUGUCGAUUACGUGAUUUAACUUACGCUGCACCAAUCUUUGUUGAUGUUGAGUACACACGCGGCAACAAAAUUAUAAUUAACAGAGGUCUUGAGCUCGCCAGAAUGCCUAUCAUGCUUCGAAGUUCUAAAUGUGUUUUGUACGAAAAAGACGAAAUGCAAAUGGCAGACAUGAAGGAAUGCCCUUUGGAUCCGGGCGGAUACUUUAUUGUUAACGGUACUGAGAAAGUCAUUCUCAUUCAGGAGCAGCUUAGUAAAAAUCGUAUUAUUGUUGAAGCUGACGAAAAGAAGGGAAUUGUGCAAGCAUCUGUCACUUCUUCCACUCAUGAGCGAAAAUCUAAAACUUAUGUUCUUACAAAGAACGACAAAAUUUACUUGAAACAUAACUCUAUCAGUGAAGAUGUGCCAAUUGUCAUUAUGCUUAAGGCAGCUGGAAUUGUCAGUGACCAAGAAAUUUUGCAGCUUGUUUGUGGUUCUAACCCAAAAUACCAAGAUCUUUUUGCUAUUAAUUUUGAAGAGGCUACACGCUACGGCGUCUAUACUCAGCAUCAGGCAUUGGAAUACCUCGGAACUAAGAUUAGAACAGUUAGAAGACUCUCUGCCCAAAAGCUCACACCAAUUCAGGAGGGUAUUGAGGCUAUUGCAACUACAAUUAUUGCACACAUCAAUGUUGAUGGUCUUGAUUUCCGUGAAAAGGCCGUUUACAUGGCAAUCAUGACAAGACGUGUUGUUCAAACAAUGGACAACCCUAAGAUGGUUGAUGAUAGAGAUUAUGUUGGUAACAAGCGUCUUGAAUUGGCUGGACAGCUUAUGUCUUUGUUAUUUGAAGAUUUGUUCAAAACCCUUAACUCAUCUUUCAAGGAGCUUAUGGACAAGACAUUACGAAAACGUAACUUGGCUUCUGAAUUUGAUGCUGUACAGCACAUUGUUUCUCAUGGUCGUUUUAUUACCUCUGGGUUAAAUCGUGCUAUUUCUACGGGUAACUGGUCGCUAAAACGUUUUAAGAUGGAACGUGCUGGUGUUACCCAUGUUCUAAGUAGACUUUCUUACAUUUCUGCCCUUGGUAUGAUGACUCGUAUUUCGUCGCAAUUUGAGAAAUCACGCAAAGUCUCUGGUCCCAGAGCUCUACAACCAUCACAAUUUGGUAUGCUGUGUACUUCUGAUACACCAGAAGGUGAAGCCUGUGGUCUUGUCAAGAAUUUGGCAUUAAUGACGCAUAUCACAACGGAUGAUGACGAAGAACCUAUCAAGCAAUUGUCUUUUGUUCUCGGUGCCGAAGACAUUUCAGUUAUCGGUGGUUUGGAGUUACACUUGCCUGGUGUUUAUGGUAUCUACAUUAACGGUACCAUCAUUGGUGUGACUCGAUUCCCACUGAAGUUCAUUAGCAAUUUCCGAUACAUGCGCCGCCGAGGCAAGGUUUCGGAGUUCAUUAGCAUUUACUGUAACCAUCAUCACAACGCUGUGCACAUUGCCACUGAUGGUGGGCGCAUUUGCCGACCUUUGAUUAUUGUUGAAAACAAAAAGUCCAAAGUGACGGCAGAGCACUUAUACAAACUCAAGACUGGCCAGAUGGUUUUUGACGAUUUCCUUCGGCUGGGUAUUGUUGAGUACCUGGAUUGUAACGAAGAAAACGAUAGUUACAUUGCCAUUUACGAGAAGGAUAUCAUUUAUGAAACCACCCACCUUGAAAUUGAGCCAUUUACUGUUUUGGGUGCUGUUGCAGGUCUUAUUCCUUAUCCUCACCACAAUCAAUCUCCCAGAAACACAUAUCAAUGUGCCAUGGGUAAGCAGGCCAUUGGAUCUAUUGCAUAUAAUCAGCUCAACCGUAUUGAUACGCUGCUAUACUUUAUGGUAUACCCACAGCAACCAAUGGUCAAGUCUCGAACAAUCGAGCUUAUUAAUUACGACAGACUGCCUGCAGGCCAAAAUGCCGUUGUUGCUGUCAUGUCAUACUCUGGUUACGAUAUUGAAGAUGCUCUUGUCAUUAACAAGGGUUCUUUAGAUCGUGGAUUUGGCCGUUGUCAAGUGAUGAAGAAGAACACAACGGUACUGCGUCGUUAUGCCCGUGUUGCCGACCGAUUGAACGGUAUCAACUAUGAGCAGGUCCACAAAAACCAGACCCCUGUUCCUAUUCCACAGCAUAGUGAGCUCGAUGUGGAUGGCCUUGUUCAGGUUGGUGUCAAGGUUGAAAGCGGCAAGGUUUACAUUAACAAGGCUGUGCCUAUAGAUACUGGUGAUAACCCAACAGCUGUGAUUAAUGGCAGUACGACUACAGAGUACCGUGAAACUCCUGUUGUUUACAAGGGUCCUGAGGGCAGCUAUAUCGACAAGGUUAUGUUGUCAUCAUCAGAAAGUGAAGAACCCAUCAUUAAGGUGUUGUUGCGUCAAACGCGACGACCGGAACUUGGCGAUAAAUUUUCGUCGCGCCACGGACAGAAGGGUGUUUGUGGUAUUAUUGUACAACAGGAGGACAUGCCUUUCAAUGAUCAAGGUAUUAAUCCCGACAUUAUCAUGAACCCGCACGGUUUCCCGUCACGUAUGACUGUCGGUAAGAUGAUUGAACUUGUGUCGGGUAAGGCUGGUGUAUUAGAUGGUUCACUGCAGUAUGGUACAUGUUUUGGCGGUUCCAAGUUGGAAGACAUGUCACGAAUCCUUGUGGAUAAGGGAUUCAAUUAUUCCGGCAAGGAUAUGUUGUAUAGCGGUAUUACUGGUGAGUGCUUGCAGGCAUACAUUUUCUUUGGUCCCAUUUAUUACCAGAAGCUGAAGCACAUGGUUAUGGACAAGAUGCAUGCGCGUGCCCGUGGUCCUCGCACAACUUUGACACGACAACCCACAGAAGGUCGUUCACGCGAUGGUGGUUUGCGUUUAGGAGAAAUGGAGCGUGACUGUGUUAUUGCAUAUGGUGCUUCCCAACUGCUGCUUGAGCGUUUGAUGAUCUCAUCCGAUGCAUUUGAAGUGGACGUUUGUCAGAAGUGCGGUUUGAUGGGAUACCAAGGCUGGUGCCCGACAUGCCAGGUGACUGAAGGUGUUGUGAAGAUGACAAUUCCUUAUGCAGCAAAGUUGCUAUUCCAAGAGCUUAUUUCCAUGAACAUUGCUCCGCGAUUGAAGUUGGGUGAGGUCUUUUAA